AUGAGUGUGGAUGUCGAUGCGCUGUCCGCCGCUGGGGCUGUGGCAAUAGACGGUCGAGAGAAGGAACCGAUCGCCAAUGGCAUCGACCAUGUCGAUGCCACUCUCGUUGAUGGGAUUUCAAAGCACGAGCAGCAGAAGCCGACGAAUUGGGUGGAUAUACGAGACGAAUUCUUGGGCAAGCCACAUGUUCGAUUGAGAGUCAUAACAAUCGGCGCGGGUUUCAGUGAGAUCCAACGAUACCUCAAGAAAGUCACCAGAGAGUACAAUCUCGAUCGGGACGUCCAGCUCAAUUCCGAGGUCAAAUCGGCCAUCUGGGACGAAGACGGCGGAAUCUGGAAGAUCCAGGUCUUGAAAGGAACAGAAUUGGUGGAUGACUGGUGUCAUGUGCUGCUCAAUGGUUCGGGAGUCCUCAAUCACUGGUCAUGGCCCUCAAUUCCUGGUCUCGACAAAUUCAAAGGACAUCUGUGUCACUCGGCCAACUGGCGCGAUGAUUUUGACUUUUCCGGGAAGCGCGUUGCUGUCGUUGGCAACGGUUCCUCAGGGAUCCAGAUUGUGCCAGAAAUGCAAAAGGUUGCGAGCAAGAUGGUGAAUUUUAUUCGAUCGAAAGCUUGGAUCUCGGCCCCCUUUGCCGAUGACUUCUCGAAAGAUCCUGGUGGAAAUCCCGCAUAUACGACCGAAGAGCAAGCAAGAUUCCGGUCGCAUCCCGAAGAGCUGAAGGACCUGCGGCAGAAGCUCGUCCAUGUGCAGAACACGUUCUACUCGGCACUCAUCGAAGGAGCUCCAACAAAUCUCGAAGCCAUGAAAGGUGUCAAGGCUCUCAUGUACGAGCGACUGGGAGGUGAUGAGAAGUUGAUCGAAAAGCUGGUGCCAAAUUGGUCGCUUGGUUGUCGGCGUCUAACACCUGGCACGGGAUAUCUCGAGUGCUUGAAGCAAGGCAACGCCGAGCUUGUCGACGACGCGAUCGUCGAGAUUACCGAGACCGGUAUCCGUACAGCGGACGGUAAACAUCGCGAAUUCGAUGCAAUCGUCAUGGCCACGGGCUUUGACGUCUCCUUCAGGCCCAGGUGGCAGCAACUCGGGCGCAAGGGGCGAUCCCUCGCCGACGAGUGGAAGGAUGAGCCUACCAGCUACUUCUCCCUCGCUACCAAUGGCCAGCCCAACUAUUUCAUGUUCAUGGGCCCUGCGGGACCAGUGGGACACGGGAGCCUGACGUCGGCGAUUGACUGGACGGCGGACUAUGUGCUGAAGUGGCUGGUCAAAAUGACCCGGGAAGAUAUCAGAUCGUUCGAGGUCAAGGCGCAAGUCCAGAAUGAUUGGAACGUUUGGGGUGAUGAACUCAUGAAGCGGACUGUCUGGUCUAGUGGAUGCAGGAGUUGGUACAAGAACGGAAAAGUCGAUGGCAGAGUGACGGCCUUAUACCCUGGAAGUAUCCUGCAUUAUAAAGAUAUGGUGGAACAUAUUCGUGGAGAAGAUUUUGACAUCGACUACCGGAGCAAGAAUCGCUGGAGAUUUCUGGGUAAUGGCUUUACCCAGCUGGAGGUCGAGAAUGGAGAUUUAGGAUACUAUGUCCCCUGCUAG